UUCCGUCGGGUCGGUGCGGAUCAGCGCUCGGCAUGGUGCUCACGUUGGGUUACUGGGACAUCCGUGGGUUGGCCCACCCCAUCCGCCUGCUGCUGGAGUACACCGAGACCCCCUACCAGGAGCGGCUGUACAGAGAUGGGCCAGCCCGUGAGUCCGACCCGAGCGAUUGGAGCCACGAGAAGGAGAAGCUGGGCCUCGACUUCCCCAAUCUGCCCUAUCUCAUCGAUGGCAGCACCAAGCUGACCCAGAGCAACGCCAUCCUGCGUUACAUCGCCCGCAAGCACAACAUGUGUGGGGAGACAGAGGUGGAGAAGCAGCACGUGGACAUGUUGGAGAACCACCUGAUGGAUGUGCGCAUGGCCUUCGCUCGUCUCUGCUACAACCCUGACUUUGAGAAGCUGAAGCCGGCGUACCUGGAGCAGCUGCCAGGGAAACUGCGGGAGCUGUCGCGCUUCCUGGGCUCCCGGCCGUGGUUUGUGGGGGACAAGCUCACCUUCAUUGACUUUGUGGCCUAUGAUGUGCUGGAACGGCUGCGGAUGUUCACCCCCGACUGCCCCGAGCUGCAGGGCAACCUGGGGCAGUUCCUGCAGCGCUUUGAGGCCCUGGAGAAGAUCUCUGCCUACAUGCGCUCGGGGCGCUUUAUGAAGACCCCCAUCUUCAUUCACACGGCGGUGUGGGGCAGCAAGAAGGCGUGAGGGGGAUGGGACCCCCCCCAAGUCCCCUCCCCCCCUCGGACCCCAU